AUGCAGGCAGACUCGCAGACUGACAUAAAGAGCGCCAAAACCAAUAGCAUCAACAACAACAACUACAACAUCAACAAAAACAUCAACGACAACAUUAAUAAUGAUUAUAAUAACAUGAAUGACAAUAAUAAAGACGAGAAAGGUUGCAUUGAUGUAAUCGGAAACAACGCAAACAAAAACAUUACCAUCAAGGAAAUUAUCGGCAACAACAAUGAUGUCAGCAUCAGCAACAACAACAGCAGCAACAACAACAAUAACAGCAGCAAUAACAACAACAGCAACAGCAACAACCACCACAUCAGCAGUAGCAGUAGUAGCAGCAGCUGCAGCAACAACAACAGCUUAAAGAUGGACAAAAAUAUCCUGGACACGACAAUCAUAAAACCGAUCUGUUCAGAGCCCGCCAUUUUUACGACUGCAUCGAACAGCGGUUGCUUAGCAACGAACUACACGCUCUGCAACAGUGACGUCAGUCACGUGACAGGAAGUACACAUGACGUAGAGCUUAUUUGCAGCCACGCUUGUGGUGCUGACGCCGACGAUGACGUAAACAAUGAAAAUGGUUACAGCGACAAUAUCGAUGGUUAUGCUGUUGCCGUUGAUGGUGGCCAUAUUGGUGGCCACGGUGACGUCAUCGGUGGCGAUGAUGACGUUGGUGAUUAUGAUAAUGAUGAUGAGGGUGUGGCCGCUGUGGGAAAUAACGCCGAGAGUGGUAGUUCGAAAUUUGUGAGUGUGGAAGCGACGCUUCUGCAGGUUAUUAACGAAGACCGAAAAAAGACAAAAUCCGGAUUAAUAAUAUCCGGUGUGAGGCAGAAGCGCAUAAAAGCAGCGGUGGUAGUUGUGGCCUGCUUGCUGCUGCUCACCAGCUUCAUACUCGUCGGAGUCACCCUGUCUAUGUCUGCCCACAUUGAUGAUAUGGCAGUAGUCAGCAUCAACAACAUCAGCAAUCACAUCAACGUCAACAACAAAAAACUACCACAACAACAACAACAACAGCAGCAACAACAACAGCCACAACACUAA